GCCCCACAGCGCGUGAGGUGAUGGUGGCUGGCUUGAGCCUCCUGCUGCGCGCCCUGCCUCUGCUGCUGUGGGGCUGCCAGGAUGCACAGCCUGCCCGGCUAAGACACCCGGAGCUGCGCCAGGAGGCGGAGGCGUUCCUGGAGAAGUACGGCUACUUCAGUGAGCAGGGCUCCAAAGCCCCAGCCUCCACUCAGUUCAGCAAUGCUGUCAGAGAGUUUCAGUGGGUAUCCCAGCUGCCCAUCAGUGGUGUGCUGGACCAGGCCACACUGCGUCAGAUGACACUUCCGCGGUGUGGGGUUGCAGAUACUGACAGUCAUGCAGCUUGGGCAGAGAGGAUCAGCGCCCUGUUUGCUGGACACCGGGCCAAAAUGAGACGUAAGAAACGCUUUGCAAAGCCAGGUAACAAAUGGUACAAGCAGCAUCUCUCCUACCGCCUGGUGAACUGGCCUGAGCACCUGCCUGAGCCAGCUGUCCGAGGGGCCGUAAGAGCUGCCUUCCAGUUGUGGAGCAACGUGUCAGCGCUGGAGUUCUGGGAGGCUCCAGCCACAGGCCCUGCUGACAUCCGCCUCACCUUCUUCCAAGGGGACCACAAUGAUGGGCUGGCCAAUGCCUUCGAUGGCCCAGGGGGCGCUCUGGCGCACGCCUUCCUGCCCCGGAGGGGCGAAGCGCAUUUCGACGGAGAUGAGCGCUGGUCCCUUAGCCGUCGCCGUGGGCGCAACCUGUUCGUAGUGCUGGCGCAUGAGAUCGGCCACACGCUCGGCCUCGCGCACUCGCCAGCACCGCGCGCUCUCAUGGCGCCCUACUAUAAGAAGUUGGGCCGCGACGCCCUGCUCAGCUGGGACGACGUGCUAGCCAUACAGAGCCUGUAUGGGAAGCCUCUGGGACGCUCAGUGGCCACCCAACUUCCCGGAAAGCUAUUCACUGACUUUGAGGCCUGGGACCCUCACAACUCCCGGAGGAUACGCCCAGAAACCAGAGGUCCUAAAUACUGCCACUCUUCCUUUGAUGCCAUCACUGUAGAUGGACAAUGGCAACUGUAUGUCUUCAAAGGGAGCCACUUCUGGGAAGUCACAGCUGAUGGCAAUGUUUCAGGUCCCUUUCCACUACAGAAAAGGUGGCCUGGGCUGCCCUCCAACAUCGAGGCUGCUGCAGUAUCACUGGAAGAUGGAGACUUCUACUUCUUUAAAGGGAGUCGGUGUUGGAGGUUCCAGGGCGCGAAGUCUGUGUGGGGGCCCUCACAGCUGUGCCGGGGUGGAGGUCUGCCCAGACACCCGGACGCAGCUCUCUUCUUCCCGCCUCUGCGCCGCCUUGUCCUCUUCAAGGGCGCCCGGUAUUACGUGCUGGCUCGAGGGGCGAAGCAAGUGGAGCCCUACUAUCCCCGCAGCCUGAGGGACUGGGCCGGGGUCCCUGAGGAGGUCAGCGGUACCCUGCCGAGGCCGGAUGGCUCCGUCGUCUUCUUCAGAGAUGACCACUACUGGCACCUGGAUCAAGCCAAACUGCGGGUGACCAGCUCCGGCCGCUGGGCCACAGAGCUGUCCUGGAUGGGCUGUUGGAAUGCCAACUCAGGAGGUGCCCUGUUCUGAAGGUUCCCCAUGCGGAGUGAACAGUGGUUGCCCCCGCCUGAGGGGCGGAGCCUGUCUAGAAAGCCCUUGAACCUCGCAGGAACUUCCCUGCAGCACUGGCUCCAGCAGGAAAUCUGCAUUUAUUUCCAUGGUCAAAGGAGAAACAAAAGUAGGGCUGCCAUUGCCUUUCCACUCACGGACUUCUUUCCUUCCCAUUCCUGAGGGCAUUCUGUUCUGAUGAAGGUGCAGUCCCGUACCCAUAGUGCUGAGUCCCAGAGAAGAUGCAAAUCUCAACUGGGGGUGAGGACUACUCUGCAGGACCCUCCCUUUCUGUGCCUUUCAGGCCCAGCUCUUGGGAAAUGAUACCAUCACAGACUUCACCCUGCCUCCCACCCCCAGCAAGUUUGGGUGAGGUGAAGGCUCCUCCCCACUCUGCGGCCCUUUGUUGGAUCAAGAGGCUAAGCAGAUGGGAAUGUGGUCCUCCUGGGCCUGACGUUUUGUCUGGGGUGAUGAAGCACCCCCAGCUGGCUACCCCAGAGGUGAAUCAGCCUUGCUUGGGCAGACUCUUCCUCCCUUCUCAGUAGAAGCAGUAGAAGCAGAUAGGUACAGGCUGCUUGGGACCAUGCUUUUAUAUCCAACUAAGGGGCAGCGGCAGUGUACGGUUGUCACGGAGAGAAGGAACAGACCAUCUUCACCCAGUUUGCCUUCCAGAUGGAUAUCUUGUGCAGCAGGAGGGUGGCAGAGGGUCCUUCGGGGUCUGCCCAUCUCAGACACUGGGAAUGCAGCCCCCACAGUGCUCUGCAGAUUGGGUGAGGCCUGUUUGCCCUCAAUGGCCCCAUUCUCCAGGCCACACACAAAGCAGCAUUCCGAAGUUCAUGCUGUCUAGCCAAGAAUAGCUGGGAUUCCUGGAGAAGGAACCAGCUCCCCAGCUUUUCCCCUUUUGUUUGAGCCAGUCUCUGUAUUAAUUUUAGCAUCUGGAUCUGCAUCCCUCCCGGCCUCCUCCUCCACCUACCAGUGCCUCUGCACACACACAGUGACCACCACGAGCCAGCUCUCAGAGACGGGAGAAUGAUUUAGCAUGGGUAGCCUGCAGUUACCCAGAGGCAUUGCUGGCCCUGUGCCCUCCUUUCUUCUCUGUGCAGUGGACAGAAUGGCCUUUGACUGCAAGUGCUUUGUACUUCCCUGUCCUGAGGAGACCAGGGAGGAACCUCCCUGCUAGCCCCACCCCCUGCUUUCUGGGUUGUACCCAGGAGAGAGAAAGGAGGAUUUCAUCUUUAUCACUCCACUCCACCUCAGGCGACUCUGAUUAGAGACUUUAUUGAGGGAUUUGAGGAAGGGGGGGCAAUCUCUUAGAGGGCUGGGGAAACUCCGAAGCUAUUUUUUUUUCCUCCAGGCGAUGCCUCUGUUCACCUAGCCAGACAGACUUGAAAAAGAUGCAGGUGAGGCUGUAUUGGAAACGUGGAUCAGGAGGGCUGUAGGUGCUGGGUAACUGCCUGAGGAGUAGUGGAUAGGUUCUGCUGUAGUUCGGAGAGACAACGGGUGGAACCGUGAACCGACGUGGGCCUUCUCUCUGGAAGGAGGUGCUAAGGACGGCGGCUUGAAAGGACAGUUCUGUGGAACGCACUAGAGGUAGAAGAGUUUGGAGCUCUGCGGGCGCAGAGGCUGGGAGAGAAUGAGCUCACAACUCCCAGCGGCCUCCGCAUUACCCGGGUCAGGAUGCUCCAGAAUACAGUGCUCUACGUAGGCCGGGUGGCUAUGCAAACUCUUGCAUUUCUUGCAGAAAAGGAUCUCGCAGCGCGCACAACCUCCUCGACGCGGUGGUCGCCGCCGCGUCUCCAACACACACGGUUCUUCCGGGGCACCACGUUUCCUACGGGCCGAGGAUGUCAGUGCUUGGUGGCCCUGCGGCCCUCCUCCCUAAAACUCGACCCAGGGUGCUUGCAUCUCACCUGUCCGCGGGUCCCGCUAGGCCACCCAGCAGCGCGAACGGGCUUAGCCAGCCCCAGAAGCUGCUGUCCGAGCGUCGCAGCAGUGCCACCUGCUGGCUGCUGGACUCCUGGCGCAGAGGGCAGUAGGACACCGAGCGGGCCUCGCGAUCCUCUGCACCGCAGGCGUCCUCCUCGACCUCCACCGCACUCUCCGGGUCCGGCCUCUCCACCUCCGACGAUGACGACGACGACGACUCGUCCUCCAGCUCCUCCUCCCUGGCCUCGGGCUCCUCCACCUCCUUCCUCCACAGAGGGAUCUUCACGCCUACAGGCAGGGAAGAGGUUAGCGUAGCCCGCUGUCCUGGCUGCUUGCUGCAGGAGCCUAAAUCCAGCAUGCUUGGGGGAGUUGCUGCCCGCCAGCUGCUGCCCGCGAAAGGGCUUCGGAAUCCCAGAUUCCCGCACUGCUGCGGAGUUGCCGCCCUCCUGAACUUCUUUGCUAAGAAUUCCAAACAAGUCACCUCGCUUCCAUCAAGCUCCAUUUUUUCGUCUAUGAAGUGGGGAAAGUAGCACCUACCUCAAGAGUGGUUGUGAGGCUGACUCUAGAUAGUGUCUGAGCAAAACAGCUUCCUGCUUGCCGUUGUGCAAGCAAUCAACGAACAUAUAUUGCCAACACGGAAGGAGGAGGGUUACCCAACGUUAAUAAACAUCAAUUGUUAUUUUAA